AUGUGCUGCCAGCACACGCGCGGCGAGCAGAGGUCGAAUCAGAGCUUGCCUCCUGCUUGCGUGGCUCCGACCAUCCUCCCAAAUCUGCGGCCUCUCCUCCCUCCCGCUUUUCCCAUCUUCAGAGUCCUCCCAAGACCACCCCCGCUUUCUGCGCGAGGACUAAAGUCGAGUGCCGCACUCAAGCCCUCCCCAACACUGAGCCCGUCGGCCAAUCAUCUCUCGUCAGACUUCUCUGGUCGCCGCGUCGUCGCAUUCCCGAAAGCGACCGUUUCGCGCAACUCGCGCGUCGCACGUCGCGGCGUCGUCAGAAUGGGGUUGACGGAGAACGGUCCGUCGAUUGCGGUGGUGGGAGUGACUGGCGCGGUGGGCCAGGAGUUUCUUCAGGUGCUCGCGCAGCGCGACUUCCCGUACAGCUCGCUCAAGAUGCUCGCCAGCUAUCGAUCGGCCGGGAAGAAGUUCGACUUCGAUGGCCGCACGUACACGGUGGAGGAGCUGACGGAGGAGAGCUUCAAGGGCGUCGACAUCGCGCUCUUCAGCGCCGGCGGCUCCAUCAGCAAGAAGUUUGGGCCGGCGGCGGUGGCGGAGGGCACGAUCGUGGUGGACAACAGCUCCGCGUUCCGCAUGACGGACGGCGUGCCGCUCGUCGUUCCCGAGGUGAACCCCGACGCCAUGGCGCACAUCAAGCUGGGCGGCGGCGGCGCCAUCAUCGCGAACCCCAACUGCUCCACCAUCAUCUGCCUCGUCGCCGUCACUCCCAUCCACCGCCGCGCCAAGGUGAAGCGCAUGGUGGUGUCGACCUACCAGGCCGCCAGUGGCGCGGGCGCGGCCGCCAUGGCGGAGCUCGAGCUGCAGACCAAGGAGGUGCUGGAAGGCAAGCCACCCACCACCACCAUCUUUGGCCGCCAGUACGCGUUCAACCUGUUCUCGCACAACUCGCCCAUGACGGCCAAUGGGUACAACGAGGAGGAGAUGAAAAUGGUCAAGGAGACGCGCAAGAUCUGGAGCGACCCCUCAGUGGCCGUGACAGCCACGUGCAUCCGCGUGCCCGUGAUGCGCGCCCAUGCAGAGAGCAUCAACCUCACACUGGAGGAGCCGCUGUCCGAGGUGGAGGCGAAGGAGAUUCUGAGCGGUGCAGAGGGGUUGUAUCUCAUUGACGACCGUGACACCAACACCUUCCCCACGCCACUUGAUGUAUCCAACAAGGAUGACGUGGCGGUGGGCCGCAUCCGGCAGGACAUCUCGCAACCAGACAACAAGGGGCUGGACCUAUUUGUGUGUGGCGACCAGAUCCGCAAGGGAGCGGCCCUCAACGCCGUGCAGAUUGCCGAGCUGCUCGUCAAGAAGGCCGGUGCUGCGUGA